CAUCUCUAGAGUUUAGUUUCACUUCCGGCCUCUGCGAAACUGGUGCACGUGUCUGGAGUGUAGCUGUAUUGAAAUUUAAACUAAAUAAUACACUAAUGAACGCUAAAUAUUGUUAAAAAAGCAGCAAGAAACUAAAUUCUAGAAGUUGAUGUAUUUUAUGUCCUGUUAAAUAAGAACAUGGUGGGCUCACGUGUUUACGUCGGCGGUCUGCCUUUCGGCGUCCGAGACAGAGAUUUGGAGAAAUUCUUCAAAGGCUUCGGCAGAAUAAGGGACAUACUCAUCAAGAAUGGCUAUGGAUUUGUGGAAUUUGAAGAUUAUAGAGAUGCAGAUGAUGCAGUUUAUGAGUUAAAUGGGAAAGAGCUACUUGGGGAGAGGGUGGUGGUGGAGCCGGCCAGGGGCAUCGACCGCAGCGCCGACCGUUACCGCCGCGACCGCUACUACGAGCGCGACCGCGGCCGGUCGCGAUACGAUGACUACAGUUAUAGAUACGGACCGCCGACGCGCACCGAGUAUCGACUAGUCGUCGAAAAUCUGUCUAGCCGCAUUAGCUGGCAGGACUUGAAGGAUUACAUGCGUCAAGCUGGUGAAGUUACCUACGCUGACGCUCACAAGCAACAUAGAAAUGAAGGUGUGGUGGAAUUUGCUACACACUCGGACAUGCGCGCUGCUAUUGAAAAACUUGAUGGUACUGAGCUAAACGGCCGCCGCAUCCGUCUGAUUGAGGCCAGGCGCGGAUCCCGUCGCCGCUCGCGCUCGUCCUCAAGCCGCAGCCGGUCGCGAUCCAGGGACCGCAGGCGCAGCCGCUCCAGGUCUCGCUCCCGUCGCUCGUCGCGCAGUCGCUCUCGCUCCAAGUCCAGACCGAAGAGCAAGAGCCCCGUCGCCAAGUCUCGCUCCAGAUCGCGCUCCAAGCGUUCGAUGUCGGCGUCGAUUAGGGAUCGCAGUCGUUCGAAGUCGCGGUCUCCAUCGGCGUCCCGGGCAUCCGACCGUCGCUCGGCGUCCCGUAGAUCUGACCGUCGCUCGGCGUCCCGUAGAUCCGACCGUCGCUCGGCGUCCCGUAGAUCCGACCGUCGCUCAGCCUCGCCGCGCAAGUCCGCCGAAAGGAACGGCGACAAGUCUGCCUCGAGGUCUAAGUCCCGAUCGCCGAAAGCCGCCUCCAAGGAAAGAUCUCGCUCACGCAGCAAGGAAGCGUCUCCGAAGCGUGAGGAAGAACGUCGUCCGACUAAGUCUCGUUCCCGUUCUCGCUCUCGGUCCCGGUCGGGGUCCCGCGACCGGUCGGCGUCUCGCGACCGCUCCGCGUCCCGGUCCCGCUCCGGCUCGCCGCGACAGAACGGCGACGCGCAAGACCGUGCUAGUACAGAUCGCUCGCCCCGCAGUGGCGAUUAGUCUUACACUAGUUUUAAGCUACAUAGGUUUAUUUGUCUACAAUUUUUACGAGCUCGUGACCUCAAUGAUAGUGAACAUAAUGUUUCUUUUGACUAUUACCAGUAUGCAAAGCACUGCACUGUUAGUUUUGUUACCUACCUACUGUUAUUUUACCUGUUAUUUUUCCAAACGCUUUUCCGUAGAUUCUGACAUACAUCAGUUAUUUUGGCUAUCUAAGAUACCAAUUAAUUGUAUACGAAUUUAAUUGACAUCAACAACAUGUCGCCAGCAAAAUAAAAGUACAAUGUAUAACUUUUUUGGAAAACGCUGCUUACGCUUUGUUGAAGUCACGAUAAUGUAAUAUAAGAUUUUAUUAUGCACCGUGUUGAUAUUUUUGUUUCACACGAGUGAAUAGAUAUCUUUGUUUUUAGGGUUAUUUAGGAUAGCUUUGGGCUUCCUGUACAUGGGAUUCGCGAUGUUACAGCAUAUAUACAGGAAGCCGGGCUUGUGGGCAAAUAGAUACUUAUUAUGUAUAAGUAGGAAGUUUUACCGAAAACGUGACUGCUGUUUGAUUUUAAUUUAUUGUGAUUGAAUUUUGAACGAUGUAUUAUUUUUAUUUCUAUUAAAAUUAAUUAGUAAAAUUCAGUCACUUGCAUUUUAUAUGAAAAGUUAUUGUUCUCAAUAUUUGCCCAUACUUUGAGUGAAAAGUAACUUCAAUUGACGAUAAUAGAUUGUAAUUUACCAAUUUUUAGGUAAAAGAUGUAACAAAUAAGAUUUAAUUCAUACAUCUUUAAGACAAUUCUACUUGGUAGGCUAAUUAUGUAUUUUGUAAAUAGUAUAUUUGUUACUAAUAACCAAAUAAUAAAUAAGGCUGUAACGUAA